AUGCAAACCGCGUCUCUCUUGUUUCUCAACACCUACAGCGCCUUCAUGUACACUGGCAAUCGACUGGACACUGGCCUGGAACAGCAUCUGAAUUGUAAGGGGAAGGCUGACGACAUUCUUCGUUUUGGAAGGGUCCGCUACUUUGCCUUCGGGAGCAACAUGAAUCCUGGUGUGCUGCAGGGUUUGCGCCAAGUCAAGCCAAUCAAGGCUUGUCCAGGCUUUGUCAAGGAAUACAAGUUGGCCUUCAAUCUCCUGGGUACUCCCGGUAUCGAACCAUCGUUCGCUUCAGCUGAGCCCAGUGACAAAGAAGACGACGAACUUCACGGUGUGCUAUUCACCCUCACAAGGCUGGACUGGGAGAAGGUGGCACGGACUGAAGGCGUUGGGUUGGCUUACAGCCUCGAGGAGGUAGUUGUCAACACCUACCAAGGAAGCAAGCUGCAAGCGGUCACCCUUAGGACAAAACCUGGACCUCUACGAGCUCCAUUUGGAAAGGACAUCCAACCCAGUGAGGGAUACCUUGAUCUCCUGAUCCAAGGUGCAGAAUAUUACAACUUGAACAAAGAAUACAAGGAUAAACUACGAAGUAUACGACCCAAUCCUGCUGUGUUGGUGAACACCAAAAACAUGUAUAGGUUUUUGGGAAUAAAUGUAUCAAAUUAA